AUGAAGACUACUGCUAGAGCCAAGGCCAAAGGAUUCAUUGAGGGUCUCUUAAAAUAUGAGACAAUUCUCACAGCCCAAAUCUUCCUGCGGAUUUUUGAGCGCACGUCACCCCUGUCCAAAUACCUCCAGACAUCCGGAAUGGAUCUCCUGACCGCACACCGCCUGGUAGUGGGAACAGAAGACAAGCUAAAGAAGUGUGUGCGAGACUUCUGUAGUGUUAAAAAAGCUGCAGAUCAGUUUGUGGAGUGGGCUAAUGGUGAGCUGCUGGAGAAGGAGGACUGUGAGAUGGAGGUGGAGGUAGCACUACCUGUAAAACGGGUGAAGAAAAAGAAGAUCAUGCCAGGAGAGCUGGCAGAAGAUGAGCACUUAACAGCAGCUGAGAGGGACUUUGAGGUGACCAUUCAUAAUGUCAUUAUGGACACCAGGGUUUCCCGCAGCACUUUGCAGUCAAGGUGGCAAAACAAGCCUGCCGCCUUAAGCCAAAACUCCUACUUCCAACCUCCGUCUAAGAAGGAGGACUACUCACUGUGCCCCUCAGGAAAGCACUCUACUCUCUGUGCCCCUGAGGAAAGGACACUUACUCUGUGCCUCUCAGGAAAGGACACUUACUCUGUGCCUCUCAGGAAAGGACACUUACCCUGUGCCCCUGAGGUAAGGACACUUACUCUGUGCCCCUCAGCAGACAUGAACCUCAUGGUCUGUCUCUGUGUGACCCUGCUGCUCAGCACAGCUACAGUCUCACUGCGUCUCAGCUCCCGUAGCUCCAUAGUGGGGGGAGAGGACGCGGCCCCUGGAAGAUGGCCCUGGAUGGUGUACCUCUACAUCACUUAUGAAAAUCAAGCCCUGUACUGUGGAGGUUCCCUUAUCAACAGCCAGUGGGUUCUGACAGCAGGGCACUGCCUUUACAAACCUCGUCAGGGGACGCCAAUCCUCUCACUCUCCUAUGCGCAAGUGGGUGAACUGCAGCUCCGGGAGCCAGUGACUGGUGAGCGUCACUACCUCGGCCGCUUCCUGGUCCAUAAUGAUUACAGUUCGACCAACGGCAUGUUCUACAACGACAUCGCCCUGGUGCAGCUGAAGGAGGCCGUGUCCUUCUCUGACACAGUGAAGCCUGUGGUUCUUCCCAGCCACAACGUCCCCGGGCCUGAGGCUGAGUGCUGGGUCACUGGAUGGGGUGAUGUAGCUGAGGACCACCAUUUGGGAGGUGAGAAGACACUGCAGCAGCUGAGGCUCCCCCUAGUGGACGACAAGACCUGCAGGCAAGCGUACCCUAAGACCAGUAACAACCAGCUGUGUGCCGGAUACAUGCAGGGAGGCAAGGACGCCUGCCAGGGUGACUCUGGUGGCCCCCUGGUGUGUAAGUCGUUUGAGCAGUUCGUCCAGGUCGGGGUGGUGAGUUUUGGAGUUGGCUGUGCCCGGCGUGGCUACCCUGGCGUGUACACACGUGUGUAUAACUACAUGCAGUUCAUUGAGGACGUCAUCGGCACAUACAGCUGAACAACACCGCCCUCUAGUGGUCACACAGGGAGGAGCUCUCCACCUCUACCUGAUCUCUCUCUUUCCUUCUCUCCUCUCUCUCUUCUGCCUCUCCUCCUGUCUCUCUGAUCAGUAAAGUUUAC